AUGUGGAUUUAUAUGUCCGAAAAUACGCUUCAAAUUCUCAAAGUUGAACUCGUCCCAUCCGGUUGUACCAGUAAGGACUUCGAGAAGGGUGGUCAUCUUGAGAACCGGUUGAGCAGGCUGAUUUUGGAUGGACCCAAUGUGAAGGGGCCACAUGUAGAUGUCGUGGCUUCGGAAAAUCCAAUACAAGCAGCUAGUACAUUCCUCAUGCAUGCAUCAUCCCGGGGCUCGCAGGAAAGAUGCGAGGCCCUAGUUUUCGAAGAUGGUAAGGCCGGCGUUCGGGGAGUGGUGGCAUCUGAUAGCACAACAUUCCCCGCCUCGCACUCCGAAUGUCGACACCACCUGCGAUGGCUUGAGCCCUUCGAACGAGGAGAAAAUCCUGAGCAGCUCCCCAAGACUCAAAAACGGUUUGCCGGCCACAUCACGGACGAUUUGAAAUUCACAUACGUUGGUAAAGACGCGCAGGGUGCUGUUUUCCGGUUUCAUUGGGAGGAGAAGGACCUAUGCAUGAAGGUGUUUAAAUCCGCCGAGAUUCCAGGGCCGUAUCGUCCGAUAGACAAAGCAAUGGUAACUCCCUUUGUGUCUGAGUGUCGAGCAUUUGCCCGCUUAUGCGAUCUACACAAGAACGGCAAAUGGGCGGUGAAGUGCCAUGGAUGGUUGGAGUUAGAUGAACCGCUGAAGAAGCGCAUUCUGGAGCCUCGUGGAUUAAAGGUAGACGACUUCGGUCGUCGAGUUAUCGUGAAAGACUUCAUCAAAGAUGAGGGGCUUCGGUCCGAAGAUUUCGAGCUCAUCAUGUCGAACUUCGAGAUAGCGAAAAGCGCCAUGAUCCUACCGCACGACACUGAGAAAAGGAACUAUAGAAAAUCAUUUUUACUUGAUUGGGGAUCAUCCGUGACGUUCCCAAUCCCCACAGCAUUCGGGACAAAUCGAAGCUUUGAAAUGUACUACGAGGAUUUGUCUAAACAUGGGUUGGGUUGGAUGCAUUCGGACUGGGAGCUCUCAAGCCGUGCGCUUGUUUGGCCUAAAGCAGAUUUUAAUUCUCUGGUACAAUUGAUAUUCACAUGGAGCCACAUGGAUCAUCAUCAACUAAGUCUUUAA